AUGGACGACGGUGACAUCAACAGCGCCAAGAUGCAGGUCCAGGGACAGAUGGCGGCGCAGUACAUCCAGGAGGUAAUGCAGGUGAUCACGAGCAAGUGCUUCACCAAGUGCGUCACCCGGCCCGGGCCCAAGCUGGACGACUCCGAGAAGAUUUGCACCGCAAAGUAUCUCGACGCGAUGGCGAUCGUCUCGCAGACGUGGGCGUCGAGGGCUAAGGCGCAGGCGCAGAUGGGUGGCGGCGGCGAUGGCGGCUUCCUCGGGUAG